CUUGUUUGUGAGCAGCGAGCAGUCGGAUGUUGUGAGGAACAACAGGGACGCAGCAGACUGGACGCGAUGGCAUCGUCCAACAUUUCCUGCGGAGUUUGUGCGGCUGUGAAGUGGCUGUAAACUUAACGAGAAGGUGGGAGCGCCGAGCAGUGUUGUUUCCAUGGCCGUCGGCUGAUGGGCGAAGCGAUGCGGCACCACUGGCUGCUCCUCGGGGCUUGCGGCUGGGUGCUGCUCAUCCUCAUGUUUGUCAGCAAGUUCAUCAGCUUCAGAGCUGUAGACGACUAUGGAGAGAGGGUUGGCGGUGCGAGUUGGACAGUGCCAGGCACCAAGGUGGUUAAACCCAUUCCUGUGUCCAGCCCAGAAAAAACAGCCCCAAAGCCAUCUGAUCAGCCCUCAGCCGAACCCACAGUGGCAGACUGGCAGUCAGUCGCUGAGAGGCGGAUCGAGUUGCUCUCAACUGUGUGUAAGAACAGCAGCCUCAGGAAUUUGACUCACGUCUCCAUCAGCAAGUUUGUCCUGGACCGCAUCUUUGUCUGCGACAAACACAAGAUCUUGUUCUGCCAGACGCCCAAAGUGGGCAACACGCAGUGGAAGAAGGUCCUCAUUGUGCUCAACGGAGCUUUCUCCAGUGUGGAGGAGAUCCCAGAAAACCUUGUUCAUGACCACGAGAAGAACGGCCUGCCCCGUCUCUCAUCACUCACGCCGCAGGAAGUUACUCACAGAUUAAACACUUACUUUAAGUUUUUCAUCGUGAGAGAUCCCUUCGAGCGCCUGAUUUCUGCAUUCAAAGACAAGUUUGUGAAGAACCCACGCUUCGAGCCUUGGUACAAGCAUGACAUCGCUCCCGCCAUCAUCCGUAAGUACCGCAAGAGCCACCGCGACAGCGACCUCGCCGCCUCGGGCCUGCACUUUGAGGACUUUGUCCGUUACUUGGGUGACGUGGAAGGGCGCCGCCGCAUGGACCGGCAGUUCGGCGAGCACAUUAUUCACUGGGUGACUUACGCGGACUUGUGCGCGCCGUGCGAAAUACACUACAGCGUGGUGGGCCACCACGAGACGCUGGAGCAAGACGCCCCGUACAUCCUCAAAGCAGCGGGCAUCGACCAGCUGGUGUCCUACCCAGCCAUUCCUCCAGGCAUCACCCGCUACAACAGGACCAAGGUGGAGCACUACUUCUCAGGCAUCAGCAAGCGGGACAUCAGGCGCCUCUACGCACGUUACCAGGGCGACUUCCACCUGUUUGGUUACCCGAGCCCAGACUUUCUACUGAACUAAAAUGAUUAACACUGACUAAAAGACAUGUUUUCUUAUAACCUCCUCGCUUUACUGAGACGGAGGUGUAUCGUAGCUGACCGUGUGCCACAGGGCUGGUUUGUUGCACACUGUAACGUAUUAGCAAUGGCUGAAAAGUGCUGCCUAAUAUUCACAUAUUUAACAGUUUGUUUGUUUUUAUGGAGAGAGUACGGGAACUUGUGUCACGAUACAGCGAAGAGAGAAAGAAAGUUGCAAAAACAUGGGAUGCGAGGACAAACAGCACAGUCACAUAAUGAGAUUCAGCAGUUCAGAUAAAAGCUGCCGAGUUUAUCUGUGUGUGUGUGUGUGAGGGGGGUGAAUUUAAAUAAUCAAAUACAGGUCAAGUAGAGAACUCAUUUGCUAUCUUAUAUUUAAUGUUAAUGACUUAUUUCUGUGCUCUGUAAUGCCAGGGAUACAGGCCCGUUAACCCUGUAAUGUAGCUAUUCUACUGCACUGUAUGGAUCACCAGUUUCAAUGAUUCAUCCUGUCGAGGUAAACUGCGGACAGCUGCGUUUUGACAUGUCGUGUCUUUUCUUGGACUUCUUGCCAUCGUGCUAGGGAGCAGGGGAAGACAGUCUAUCAGGGAUGCUCAUAUAUGAACGGCAAGAAUAUAACUGAUUUUUUUUUUUGCUUUACGUAAGUCAUAUGAGUGCCUCGUAAGACAGUAAAUUACUCUUGAAAUAUCACGAAAUAGCACCAAAAUGAAAUCAAAAAUUUGACUUUGGCACUGAAUUGAAGACCUCAGUCCUGCCCUGAUCCAUACUGUAGCCAUCGUUCCGGUUCUGCCUUUACUAAAACUGACAGUAUCAAAUUCUGUUGACUCCAUUUUAUUCAGCUGCUAAUUGCACUGGAACAUUGAAGGAAACUGGCACUGGAUUUUAAAGGGUCAUUUUUCUAUCAGAAACGUACUGUGUAAAUGUUCUUAACAUGACUUGCAACUCGACAUUUGUAUUACAUGUUGCUAUUUAUAAUAUUAUUAACCUGCUGACUGGUGGCACGGACGGUGCCUCGGUUGUAAAUGACAGCACUGCCUCCCUGCAGCCGCCUGGUGACCUUUUGGACAGGUGGACGUAAUACAAGACAACACUAGUUAGUAAUAAAGUUCCAUGUGAAAUCAGAAAAA